AUGUCUUUGAUAAACGUGUACCAGAGAUUCCUGGUUGACCCUAGGUCAGCCCCCCUGGCUCCGGAUGUCUCCCUGAUCUAUAUCACCUCCACCACCGAAGUCAACGGCGCCGACGCGGUCGUCAAGCAACUCACCAAACAGCAACAUGUCGUCAAGAUCAAUUCCGAAAAGAUCCUUGAUGUCGUUCAAGGGGCUAGCUCUCUCUGUGUUGAAAUUGAAACUUCCAUUCAGUUCAUCUCUGCAGGAGGGGUGUACCUCCCUAAUCUAGACGAGAACUUCCUGCUCGAUCGCGUCGCGACUUUCCCCACGGUCCAUAUUGUUCGCUUCAAUUCCCAGAACCAGAUCCAGAAUGUCAGAGUCUACUGGGACCAAGGAUCCCUCCUAAAGCAGGUCGAGGUCAUUGGUAACCGUGCUCGCAGCUGGCCUAUUCGUGAUGCAGAUAAGCAAACUCGUUUGAUCAAACAGGCCGUCGCGUCAGUUCCUGCGGAUAACGGAGUUGCACAACCCGCUCCAUCUCUUCCCGCAAAGCAGGAACAAGAGGAUCGCGAAGAUGUUGGCGCCUCUCCGGGCAAGAAAUACAUCAAGGACCCCUACGCCGCCGACUCCCUGUUCGAACUGCUUUCUCCGGGCAAAGACCGCGCUCAGCCCGUGCGGGCCCCCCGCGCCCCUGCGUCCGCACAGCCCCCACCCCGUGAAUACAGUGAACUCUUUGUAGGCGACGAUGGCGACGAUAACCCCGAGGAAACUCCCUCGCGAUCCCGUGUGAUUGCUCCCAAAGUCGGUGCAGGUAAGAACUACCGCGCAUCGCGCAUCUUCGGUGACGACAAUGGCGAGGAAGCACCAGACGCAACUCCAAUCGCCCCCAAAGCAGGUGCGGGCAAGAACUUCCGCCCAUCGCGUCUCUUUGAUGAUGACGAGACUGUCGCAGCCGAGAAGCCAGAGCAGAUUGCUUACCGCGCGCAUCCCAAGCGUUAUGAUCACUUUGAGCUAGGCGCUGACAACAGCAAUCGCGAGAUCAAGCAGGCAUCUUCGCGUCCGGCAUCGCGUCAGGUCGGCCACUGGGAAUUCGAAGACUUUACGACCCCCGAGAAGCCCCGUCGUCAGCUACGCGGUGAGGAAGUCCGUCAUUUCGGCUGGAGCGACGAUGAGCCUGACCUGAAAGACACCCCCCCUGCUAGGCCACGCGUUGUUCAGCCCCGACGUGAUGCAGAGACACAUUUCCAACUCACAGAUGUCGAUAACGGCGAGCAAAAUGGCGCCCGCAUCAUCAGCUCAUUCCAGAACAAGGGAUUAAAUCUUUACAAGGAUACUCUGUACGGUGAGCAAGGAGCUGACAUGCAGGAGCCAGAGAAAGACAGGCCCAUCAGGAACAAUCGCAGCAAGGAACGUCCCCUCUCCGUUGUCCAAAACGGACCCGGCCGCCAGAAGGACUUUCAGAGCCACUGGGAGGUGACGGACAAUGUUGAGCCAGUUCAAACCACUAAAACCAGCCUCGAGAAUCAGAAACCCUUUCCCACAGACCGCCAGAAGGCCGUCAAGAUGAUGGAAGCUUCAUGGGACACGUAUGAUCAGUCUCCAGAGCCUACCAAGAUCGUUCCUCCUCCACAUCGUCGCAAUAUGCGCAAAGUCAACCAAAAGAGUUGGGGAUUCGGUGACGAUGAGAUGUAA